AUCUAUAAACCGGUACACAGAAUCCAAAACAUUUUUCGGUUUCGGUCUCAUUUUCGGGGUCGAUUUUGGACACUAUAAAAGUCACAGUACCAACAGUUGCGAAAAACUUUACUCUCUUAGAGUGACAAUCGGCCAUGGCUGAGCACGAGAGCUUCGAUGCUCUCCAAGUAGAAAAGCUAAAGCCAAACGAACAAGAACAAGAAGAAGAUGAAGAAGGCGAUGAAGAUGAAGACGAGGACGAAGAAGGAAAGCGACUCGGUGAAAUUCAUCUGGGCGAGUUACAGAACUCUGCACCAGAGUCAAGAGAGACGCAAUUAGAAACCCUAGCGGUGCCUUCUACGCUGGAAUUAUCAGAGAACGAUCAGUGUGCAGGUUUUCAGGUUAACUCCACGUCACAGUCGAUUGAUGGAGCUCAAUUACAGGAGCAACUUGGGGUGAGCCACCAGGAAAUUUUGGCAAUUGUAACACACCAGGAUUCUCAGAUGCAGACACAAAGUCCGGUUCAGUUGGCUGUUUAUCCAACUCCAUUGUCAGAACUAUCACCAACGUCUGUUACACAAUCCAUUCAGACUCAGACACAAAGUCCGCUUCAGUUGACUGUUUAUCCAACUCCGUUGUCAGAACUAUCACCAACUUCUGUUACGCAAUCCAUUUCAUCUGCUCCCAGCCCGAUUCUGCUAGAACAAAAACUGCCACCAGAAAAGGUUAAUACUUUAUGUACACCAGAGGUGGACAAGCAAAAUUCUUCUGACCAUAAAUUUAUAUCUUCUGUUCCUCUUGUGAAGACUUCUGCUUCUGAUGGUUACAACUGGAGAAAAUAUGGUCAGAAGCAAGUGAAGAGCCCUCAAGGUUCUCGAAGUUAUUAUAGGUGCACAUAUUCUGAGUGUUAUGCCAAGAAGAUUGAAUGCUGUGACCACUCGGGCUAUGUAACAGAAAUUGUUUACAAAAGCCAACAUACUCAUGAGCCCCCUCAAAAAAGUAACUGCACAAAGGAAAGUAAACUUGCAUUAUCUGCUGAGUGUGUAAGGAAUAGUGUUACAGAACAUCCCUGCAGAACAUUUAAUGAUUCAGAGGUGUCCACAUCCUCAAAAGAACGUAUUCAAGAAACACCUUCAAUUCCUGAAAGAAAGCGGCAAAGCCCAAGUGACUCUGAUGGUAAUGGUGAUGUUAAGAUCAAGGAGGAGCAUGGUGAUGGUGAUGAACCAGAACCCAAACGAAGAGUGAAGAAAAGCAACUUAGAGCAUGCAAGUACAAGUCACAUAGUUUUUGUUUGGGGUUGGGGUUGGGGUUGGGUUUAGGUAGGUUGUGAAUUCAUUGAUCUACUUGUAUUAGUUGUAGUUGUUGUGAACGUGUUCUUUCUCAACUCCGACGGGUUUGGAUUGGGUAGAUUUGCGUGACUCUACUUUUCGGGAUAUCUGGAUGGACUGGACUCUGUGUGAAGGAAUGUUUAUUUAUUUAUUUCUUCAGGACUGUAUUCCCAAGUGUGGAGGAUGAUGACGGAGACGGCCUCAUUAAU